GAUGGAGGUGAAGAUGACAGUUCGAAAUCAGGAGGCGCUGGCCCGAUGCGGGGUGGCCGAGGGGGGCACGGCCUGGGACGUGGUACGGCAGUGAGAAGCGCUACGGGAAGUGCCACAUCGUCCACAUCGACCAAUCGACAGGCCGUUGGAUCGGCUGGUCGCGGGGGCGGGUAA